AUGAUGAGUGGUAGCGAAAUCUGCAAGGCGUUGUUCUUUAUGAAGAUGUUGUCAGCAAUGGCACUUCUACAACCAUUGCAAACUAGUGCCUCCGAAGGUACAACUUUUACGAUCAUCGGAGAAAACGACAGUGGUGCUCCUUUUACGUCGAGCCCAUCAAUGGUAGCCACUACGACUCCAAGUUCUGCAAUAGACAAGGACAGCCACCUUUGGACGUUUCCAUCUCACAUAUCAUUGCGCGCAGGAGUUCUGGUGGCUCCUCCCUUUGCCUCUCAGUCUGAAGAUGGUGAAUUCGGCGGCUUUCAGAUCGAUCUGCUAAGGAGAAUGCAGAUCUUUGCCAAGGAGUAUGAUAAUAUCACAUUUGACGUGACUUUAGACCUGAGCCCUCCUCAAUACGGUGCUGCAUUUGAUUUGGUGGCCAGUGAUUGUGUGGACCUUGCCAGCAAUACCACUCAUUCUGCCGAAGAUUGCGACAAAUUCGAUAUUAUCAUUGCCAAUUACUACGCCACGGCUUCCCGGCAUUUGCGAGCUCAUCUAUCUCCUACGGUUCUUCAAUCCUCUAUUUCCGCCAUCAAAUACGUAGACAAGACAGGACCAGAUUACACAACCCUCUCCCAAGCCCAAGCUGCCCAAGCUCCCAUCUGCCUCAAAGACGGGACGUUCUAUGCUAGAGUCGUCCGAGAAAAAUUCCCUGCAGCUGCCUAUUACACUUGCCCCAGUCAUGAAGCGUGUAUCCAAUCGCUCAAAGAAGAUAAAUGUGUUCUCACCUGUGACGAUGAACUCCAAUUACACUAUGCAGCAGCCUGGGAUCCUUCCCUGGAAGUCACCGGCGAGCGGUUCAAUACACAGAAUAUAGUAUGGGCAUACUCCCGGGCAUUGCCACAAACCACACGUACAUUGCUGGAUAAGUGGAUGCGAGAUGCAAUUACUAAUGCCACCACGGACGAGCUCUUUUCCAAGUAUUUCCAAAAGGCACUUUGCCCCAUCGGAACUGCAGGAGAGCAGUGCGAACUACCUUGUGACCCGGACCAUGGCCACAGUAAUGCAAGAGGUGUCUGCAUUUGCAAGUCAAGCAAAUGGACUGGUGAUGACUGUUCCAUUGAGGUGCCCGAAAAUGUCAACUCUCUAUCAGGUGACAUGGUCUGGGCUGCCUAUAUCAUGUUCAUGCUGAAUGUUUUUACGAUCAUGCUUUGUGCAGUGUGGUUGUACUGGAAACGAAGAACUCCCCAAGUGAUGGUUAGCCAACCUUCAUUCUUGUGCUUGGUUUUGGCAGGCUGCUUGAUUAGCAGCAGUGCCAUUCUUGCAAUGACACAAGAAGACACUGGAGAAGGACCGGUACCUGCUUGCAUGGCAAUUCCAUGGCUGUACAGUGUUGGAUUUUGCAUCACCUUUGGGACACUCUUUGCAAAGAUCCGCCGUGUAUUCUUCAUCUUCAGGAAUGCGGUCAGUACCUUUGGGAAUAGAAAGCAAUUGGUCAGUGUGUGGGAAACACUGGCUGUCAUUGGGGCUGUCCUCGCAGUGGAUGUUAUCAUUUUGAUUCUCUGGACAGCACUAGAUCCCUUGCAAUGGCAGCGAGAAGUCCUCACAGAAGAUAUCUUUGGAGUGCCUUUAGAAAGCAUUGGAUAUUGCACUGCAGAACACUGGGCAAUUUGGGCAGGUCUUAUUGUCACAUUGCAUUUGCUGCUCAUGGCAGUGGCAUGCUUCAUGUGCUAUGCAGCACGAAACAUUCCCACAAGGUUUGCUGAAGGCAAAUACAUUUCCAUAGCAAUGAUAAGUAACCUUCAAAUCUUUGUGGUGGGUGUGCCAAUUCUUGUGAUCAUUGGAGCGGAUCCUCAAACAGGGUUCUUCGUUCGAAGUGUAAUCAUUUGGAUGAAUGACUUUGUGGUUGUCACAUUGAUUUUCGGGAAUUUGAUCUACUCAGUUCAUUUGGAUGAUGCUGUUGAAGAGACUAAAGGUAGCGAUAGAUGUAUUACGAAUGAUGUUAUAAGAUUAUGA